AUGAAUAGUACAUCAAGCAAUGUUAGUGGUGCUCUUUUAGCUGCACCGUAUCAGUUGAACAAAUGGUUUGGUUUAUUUAUCUGGAUGAUCGGUAAUCUUGGUUGUAUUGGAAAUAUGAUUGUAUUUAGUUCUCGAGCAUUUCGCAACCGAGCUUAUGCAGUUUACCUAUCAUCAGAAGCAGCAUUUAAUAUUAUUUACUUUGAUUUUCUAUUGCUUACACGAAUACUUCAACGAGGAUUUCAAAUUCCAAUAACUACACGUUAUAAUAUUAUAUGCAAACUUCGACAAUUUGAUUCCGUCUGGAAUCAUGACGUUUCGCUUAGUUUGUUUUCAUUUGCAACAAUUGAUCGAAUUUUAUCUCUACAACGUUUGAAUAAAUAUCGUCGAUGGAGCAAUCGUGUAGAACUAGCUUACAAAAUGUGUAUUACAUGUGUACUCUUUUGGCUAUUGUUUUUUGGUCAUCGACUUAUUUUAUAUCGUACUACUAGUGGAAGCUGUACUCCUCUACCCGGGUUUUAUGCAUAUUUUGAUAAUUAUGUUGAAGCGAGUGUUACAGCGAUGGGUACACCAUUGGUGAUGAUUGUACUUGCUCUUCUAUUGUUACGAAGUGUCCGAGGCAUUACUCAAAGACGAAUCGUUCCUAAGGAUGGUGGACCACCAGCAGUAAUUUUACAAGGAUCAGAUCUUCAUCAGAUCGAUUGUCGACUUACAUUGAUGCUUUUUUUACAAUUAGUCAUUGCUAUAACAACACGUGUACCAUAUGCAAUUCAACUAGUCUAUACAGGUAUCACUCAAAGUUGGCCAAAGUCGGCCUUACAAAUUGCUAUAGAGAAUGCGAUGGUUGAAUUCAUUCAUUUACUGUCGUACACAUUUUUUGCUUCUAGUUUCUACGUAUCGUUUAUUACAAAUAGUGGUUUUCGUCGCAAAUUUAAAAAUUUCUUGUGUAAAUGA